GGAGGACACAUCGACAGCGGGGCCUCCGAGUAUUACCUGCCGCCAAACAUCAGACCUAAUGGAGCUCCAGCGCUGGAGAGCCCUAGAAUUGAGAUCACUUCUUACAUGGGACUUCAUCAUAACAACAACCAGUUUUUCCAUGAUGAGGUUGAGGAGGCCAUCCCAAACACCAAGCGGUCGCCUUCUACUGCCACUUUGAACUUACCAAACAUUGAGGCGUACAGAGACCCGUCCUGCCUGAGUCCAGCGAGUAGCUUGUCUUCCAGAAGCUGCAACUCCGAAGCGUCUUCCUAUGAGUCCAACUACUCGUAUCCGUACACUUCACCUCAGACCUCUCCAUGGCAGUCCCCAUGUGUCUCUCCAAAGACCACCGACACUGAGGAGGGCUACCAACGCAGUAUGGUGGCCUGCACUUUGCUCAACUCUCCGAGGCACUCUCCAUCGACGUCUCCCAGGACAAGCAUCACGGAGGAGAACUGGUUGGGGGCUCGCAACUCCAGGCCUCCGUCUCCCUGCAACAAGAGAAAGUACAGCCUCAACGGCCGGCAGACCUCCUACUCCCCACACCACUCCCCCACGCCUUCUCCACAAAACUCGCCACGGGUGAGUGUCACAGAUGAGACGUGGCUGGGGAACACCAACCAGUACACCAGCUCCGCCAUCGUUGCUGCCAUCAAUGCUCUCACCACCGACAGCACCAUAGAUAUGAACGAUGGGAUUCCCAUCAAGUCGAGGAAGACCGCUAUCGACCACACCCCGUCCAUGACUCUCAAAACUGAACCAGCUGGCGAGGAUCACGGGACCAUAUCGCCAACUGCUGAUUUGUCACCGGAAGACUUCUCCAGCUUUCAGCACAUCAGGAAAGGAAACUUCUGUGAGCAGUACCUGUCCGUGCCACAGCAUCCCUACCAGUGGGCCAAACCAAAGUCUCUGUCUCCGACAUCCUACAUGAGCCCAUCCCUGCCUGCCCUUGAUUGGCAGCUGCCAUCUCACUCAGGACCUUAUGAACUGCGUAUUGAAGUGCAGCCGAAAUCCCACCACCGAGCUCAUUACGAGACGGAAGGCAGUCGAGGGGCUGUGAAGGCAUCUGCGGGGGGCCACCCUAUUGUGCAGCUACAUGGUUACUUAGAAAGCGAGCCGCUCACGCUACAGCUGUUCAUUGGGACUGCAGACGACCGCCUGCUGCGACCCCAUGCUUUCUACCAGGUUCAUCGAAUCACCGGGAAGACCGUUUCUACCACCAGCCACGAAACAAUACUUUCCAACACCAAAGUCCUGGAAAUUCCACUUCUUCCAGAGAACAACAUGAGAGCAAUCAUCGACUGUGCUGGGAUAUUAAAACUCCGAAACUCUGACAUCGAGCUGCGCAAGGGAGAGACAGACAUCGGUCGAAAGAACACACGUGUGCGGCUGGUCUUCAGGGUUCAUAUCCCGCAGGCCAAUGGCAGGACACUCUCCUUGCAAGUAGCCUCCAACCCCAUUGAGUGCUCUCAGAGAUCUGCCCAAGAACUGCCUCUGGUGGAGAAGCAAAGUACUGACAGCUUUCCUGUUAUUGGAGGGAAAAAAAUGAUACUGACUGGCCAUAACUUUCUGCAAGACUCCAAAGUCAUCUUUGUGGAGAAAGCACCAGAUGGUCACCAUGUGUGGGAAAUGGAAGCCAAAACCGACAAAGAAAUGUGCAAGCCAAAUUCGUUGGUGGUUGAGAUACCACCUUUCCGCAAUCAGAGGAUUACCAGCCCUGUUCAGGUCAACUUCUAUGUCUGCAACGGAAAGAGAAAGAGAAGCCAGUACCAACUUUUCACCUAUCUUCCUGCUAAUGUUCCAAUUAUAAAAACAGAACCCACAGAUGACUAUGAGCCUGCUCAAACCUGUGGACCAAUGAACCAAGGCUUAAGCCCUCUCUCUAAACCAUACUACAGCCAGCAGAUCAUGAUGCCCCCUGAUCCUGGUUCGUGCCUCGUGGCUGGCUUUGCCUCCUGUCAGCAGAGAAAUGCCGUGAUGUCACCUUCUCCCAACGCAAGCCCCAAGCUGCACGACCUUUCGUCCUCUCCUUACAAGUGCAUCCCCAACCCGGGCCACAGUCACCUCGGACUUCAGCAGCCCGCUGGAGGUGUCCCCACCAUACAGGAAGUGCCAAGGUCUAUAGUUGUGCACCCAAGCUCCCCCGAGCAAUCAUCUCACAUCAUGCUGCAGCCGCAGUAAAUGAAAUUAUAAGGAAUGACCUUUCCAGUACCAAUGUCCAUUCAUAGCUUUCAAUACGGGCCUAAUAUGAAAUCCACACACACCUUUGACUUAGCUGGCGUGUCCGCUCGAGUAGAGAGAUACCGAAUAAACUGAAGACGUUGCCUGGUACCACUCUGAUCUUCCACCUUACUGAAUGUCAGGAACUGAAGAUUUACCUCUUGCUUACAAAGAAGUAGCUCCUCAACUUCAACUGAUGAAACAGCUUCUUUAAAGAAAAUCAUCUCAAAAGAAAGAGGAGGGAGUACACUCCGAGACGGCGCAUUUCAUGGGACAAAACUAGGAAACUCAUCAAAAUCUGAGUGCUUCUUCCCAGUGCUGAUCUUUUUGGCAUGGCACCGCUGGAAUACAGCCCUGGAAGUGCCUUAUUUUACCAGGUUGUGGCAUCAGGGCAUUUUUAAUAAGCUUUGAAUUUGCUACCAUUAAAAGUGUUGGUAGGUGCAGAAACUAUAGAGCUUGCAUUCUGGAGAGUGAUAUUGGAAAAAAGCGUAGGACUCUGCAGCGAAGUAGGGAGAGCAAUCACUACUUCAGUAAGAUGCGUUUAUGAAUUCCAGAAUUUCUUCAGCUUUUCCUCUGCUGUAAUGUACAGCCUAUUGCCUUAUUCUCAGUGCAUUUCAAAAGCCUCCUGAUUUGUCAUCAUCUCAGCUUUCUUUUGCAUAUUGUCUUUAUUAUGUGCUAAUGAAUCAUAGGGUUGUUAGUAGUAGCAUGUUAAGAUUUUUAUUUUAAUCUGGCUUCAGUCAUAGCACAAGUGAGUUGAAUAGCACAAAAUAAAAAAGGUUGAUGGACAAAAAAUUGAAAUCUAUCUAUUACAUGAUAGAUGAAUGUGUAUGCAUGUACAUACAUACUAGUAUAUAUGCAUAUAUUUAUAUAUGACAAAUAAUAUAGAUGAUUGCCUAGUGAGGGCACUGAAUUUAGCAAUAAUUUCAAUUUCUGAGAAUGCAUUUCAGAUCCACAACAAAUAUUUCAGCUACUUCUUUUGAGGGUUUGUUGCACCUAAAGCAGGUAUGCAUUUUCUUUCCUCAUGCAGUUAAGCAAGCACUUUAGAUAGGCAAGAAGGAUGCAUACAAGAUACGUGUUAUUUACCAAAUGACAAAAUAUGAGUUAUAGUAACUGUAAAUACCAUUAUGGAAGAGUGUAAAAUAUUUGUUCAGUUAUAAUGUUAUUAUUCCGCAGAAGCCUUAUAACUCUCUGCUACAUGUAUGAAAAAGAAUAUUACCAAAAAACCAUAAAGGUUUAAUAUGCAGCGCUGUAUAGUGUGUUUUCAGAUUAGCUAACGUUUCUGGAGCUACAGGUAGGCAUGUAGUGUAGCCUUUAACAUUGUAUUUUUUACAAUCAACCGCUUAUUAUAUAACUAGCAACAACCUAUUAUUUCAUAUAACCAAAAAAAUAAAAACAAAACUAAAAUAGCAUGACUUAAAUUAAAAAUGUUUAACAUUAAUAUUGUGCCUUAGGAAUCUGUGCCCCCUUCUGGAAAUACACCUGAACUACACCUCCGUGCUGGGGUGGCUCCUUAACCCUAAUGCAAUGAAGAUUGAACAGGUUUCACAAAAAGGUGAAAUCCUCCUAAGCGUUUUAAAACAUUACUCUGUAUAAUUAUGUCUUACUUUCUUUAGAAAAAAAAUGAAAGCCAUAUUUGUCACAUUUGCACAUUACUGUGAAGACAUGAGAAUAUAAUAUGGCUAUAUGUACAUAAUACGCUGUUAUUGGUCAUUAUAAUAGUCUGUUAUUCCUCACCUGUUUAAUCCCAGUUAUUUACCUUGUAUUUAGCAUUGUAGACGUUGCAUGAAACAUUUCUUAUAGACUGACAUAUGAAAAGUUAAAAAGCUUGACAGAUGUCAGCUUGACUUGUAGCUAGAAAAGAGAUCCAAUAAAGCAAAAUGUUUUGCUGGAAGCUAGUCUUAGAGUGGUUCAUUUUAUGUUAUCUUGACAAAUCUUCCUUUCUCAUAUAAAAUAAGCAUUUUUACAUUAAAUACAUAUAUAUAAAUUACAUUAUAUACAUAUAUAUAAAUAUAUAUCUCCAUCUCUUCUAUUUGAAGCUGUUUGCAUCCUGCUGCAUUCUGCUAAUAUAACCAUCCUAGUAUGGAAGUAAAGUCUCUUGUCAACAGACUCUUCUUCAUUUCCCCCCUGCAUUUAAAAACGUUGCUGCCAAGGAGAGAAAAUGAUAUAUGAUAAAAUUCUCAGAUUUUACUCUCUCAGUAUUUCAGAAAUGUCAACAAAGUGUGCGUGGAGGAAUCUCUGGUUAUGCCAAAGCAUUUUUUUAUUCAUAUACAUAAAUACCUUGGGUGAGGCUUUUAUGAUACAGGACGAUAUACACACACAGACACACCCUCCACAUGUUCACAUUUCAGCAGUAAUUUUAGCAAGGUUUUCAACUGUAUGGUUUGAAUAUGUUGCACCUCCUUCAUCCUUAUUUUUAUUUUCCUCUUUAAGCUAUUUUGGAAAAAAACCAACAACAAUCUGUUACUUUUAAGCCUGGAUAAUGGAAGAUUAUGCAUCUCUUGUAUAUGUAUUCAUAAAAUAAAAAUGAAAGCAGAAAUAUUUCCCGUA